CUUUGAUAUCUGCUCCCUCCAGUCCAACCUGAAUGCUUAAAUACUAGUCCACGAAGCCAUAAGUGGAUAUUUCAUCGCCAACCAUCGUCCGAUAAUUAUCAGUCAUCAUGGCUUUCCAAGUUGCACCAAAAAUAAUCCUUUUUGCCAUGUUGAGCCUUGCCGCAUCCUCAUCGGUGAUCCAGCAACGGGACGCGGAAUGGGAAGCAAUGCUCAACGACAUCCUCACCAAGGACUUAGACUUGGACAACGCCAGUGCCAGAAAUAUUUCCGAAAACCUUCUUGUCACCCUGAUAUCAUCUCUUCUCUACAUUUACUUGAUUUUAACGGUGUACUAUCUCAUGCUGCUGGACAAUGAAGACCGCCUUGCACGUGUGAUUUCUUGGUUUGCGAAGUUUAUGAUUGUGUUAACGGUGGCCGUCUACAUAUUUUCCAAGUAUUUUCUUCCGAAGAGAGACAUGUUUGAGUCAAUCAAUCGACUUGCAGUUUGCCUGUUCACUUUAUCGACUUUACAGAUUGUCCAUUUGGGGGUGUGCUUGUACCGCUCCUAUUUUUCCUUCCCGAACAUUCCGGGAAUUAUAAAAAAAUACUGGAAGAAACUCCUGGUUUUGCUUGGAAAGAGAACUCCACCUCCUCCUCCUCAAAAUAUACUCGAACUUGAAGAUACCGCCGUUUAAUUUGUACAUAUAUUUUUUACUAAUUUUUAUAACAGUGUGAUAUUAUAUUACUCCUAGACUUAUAAAUGUGAUGAAGUUGUUUAAAAUGUUUUAUUAUUAUUAUUAUUAUUAUUAUUAUUAUUAAUAUCAAAAGUUGUGUUCCAAAAAAAAAAUAAUAAAAGGU